AACUCUGUCUUCCCCAACGAACCCCUUCUCUUUUGCGCCACCCUUUUGCGCUUUUCGCACUGCCCUUUUACAGCUCGCUCUAUCUCUCUCUCUUGCCCAUCUUCAUUCGCACUCAUGAUCAAUUCUUCCCAUCUUUCCAAUAUCACAUGAACAAAUGCUGGAUCUUUUCGUCCUCACCCACUUCCGCUCCCUAAUCUGUUUGCGCAAAAGGAAAAAAAAUGAAAUUAUCUACGUGCUCUGAUUUCAGUUCCGAUGGAGGAUUCGAGAAUUAGGAUGUGGAUUUGUUCUUACUUUACGGCUUACGGUUUCCGGAGUUUCGGUUUUUUGUCUUUUCUUUUCCACUGCUUACAUAGAUAGAUAGAAAAAAACAGAUUUGGUAGUGUUUUGCAGAGCGAGCAAUUAGGUUUUUGAAAAGGGGAAAUUGAAAGUGGCGAAGAUGAGUUUGAGUGCUGCGGAGGAAGAUUCAGCUUCCGAAAUCCAUCUCCCAGCCGAUAUCGAUUGGGAGAUGCUCGACAAAUCCAAGUUCUUCUUCCUCGGAGCUGCUCUGUUUUCCGGCGUUUCAGGGACGCUUUAUCCGAUCGUCGUGCUGAAGACUCGGCAGCAGGUGAUGUUAAGCCACGUCCCCUCUUUCAAAUUGGCGUCGUCGAUCUUCCGUAACGAAGGAUGCCGAGGAUUCUACCGCGGCUUCGGCACUUCCCUGAUGGGAACCAUCCCUGCGCGUGCUCUAUACAUGGGAGCUCUCGAGGUAACCAAGAGCAAUGUCGGAAAUGUCGCCGCCACUCAGCUGGGGUUCUCCGAGGCCUCUGCGGCGGCGGUUGCUAAUGCUGCUGCAGGGCUGAGUGCUGCCAUGGCGGCACAGUUAGUUUGGACGCCAAUUGAUGUUGUUAGCCAGAGGCUGAUGGUACAAGGAGGUGGUGCAGUUGGACUGAACAAGUAUAAUGGUGGGAUUGAUGCUUUUCGGAAGAUUAUCCAUGGAGACGGCGUCCGCGGAUUGUACCGUGGAUUCGGGAUCUCUAUACUAACUUAUGCCCCAUCGAACGCCAUGUGGUGGGCGUCGUACUCAAUCGCGCACAGAGUGAUUUGGGACUGUAUCGGUUGUUAUUGCUGCAAGAAGAAUGAGAACGGUAGUGGUAAUGGCUAUAGGCCGGAUGGGAAGGCGGUGGUGGCGGUUCAAGGAUUGAGUGCUGCAUUGGCUAGUGGGGCUUCGGCGCUGGUGACAAUGCCGUUGGACACGAUCAAGACGAGGCUACAGGUUUUGGAUGGAGAAGGGAAUGUUGGUCGAUCUCCCACGAUCAUACAGACCGUGAGGAACUUAGUUAAGGAGGGUGGUUUGAGUGCUUGCUAUAGAGGGUUGGGACCAAGAUGGGCUUCGAUGUCAAUGUCAGCGACGACAAUGAUCACGACCUACGAGUUUCUCAAGCGGCUGUCGACCAAGAAUCAAGAAUCCUUUGCUCUUAGUUAAGUAAGGGUGUUAAGUUGCAAGAAAGAGGAUAGGAUGGUGAGGUCAAGAAUGGGAAAGGGGUGAAGAAAUGUUUAGUCUAGUUUAUUCCAGAUCAAGAUCAGGGCCCCAUCCCACCCCACCCUACCAUGAUUGAUUAUGGUAAAUUACAGGCAAUCUGGUGUGGUGUGUACCUACCACCUGCAGGAAAAGCUAGUCUUUCGAUGCAAACCCCAUGCUGGUAAUCACGUGGUGAUAAUCAGAAUACCAUUACUGUUUCAGACAGAUCUUCUUGAGUAUUUAUUUUGGGGAUUCUUUCUUUAUAUUGCUCAGAUCAAGAUUCUUGAGGCUUAAUAUAAUCCCUCUUCAGGUUCAUACAAGUGGCCGUUCAUUAUUGCAAAAAAAAAAAAACAUGAUUUUGAAUUGUCUCAUUUGAGCAUGGUCAGCAAAAGAUUUGGCUUAUUAUCUGAACUAAUGUAUGAAGAAAGGUUAUAGAACAGGAGGAUUCAGGUGGUGAUGAGCCUUCGUCGUCGAUUGGUUGCUGUUAUCAUGCGGUGGAAGUUGUUUAUUCGACUGCUGCUGAAGUGUUUGGGGAAACACGGCUGCCGUAGGUCUCAAUUCGGAGGGUGAAGAGUUGCAGCAGGCCCGGAUUGGGAUGUUGGCGCAGACGAUGCAGCCGUCGUCUUCUUUGGCCAGGACAUGACGUGGAGCUGAAUGCUGUCUCGUCUCUCCAUAGCUGAAAACAAUGCUUCCUUAAUUUCGUUGUUGUCGCAGCAAUGGAUUAAGCCCUCGGAGUCAACAGUUGAAGGUGUCAAGCUCUUCCCUUGCAGCCUAGAGACGAUGAGCAGGUGCUCGCUUCUUUUCGCCUCC